UUAUUAUAGUCGUUGGACGUUGCGGUGGGGAAAACGAGUUUUUGGACUUAAAUUAUAUACAAUUCCCUUCCCUUUUAAAACUAUAUGCCUGCUGCGGACAAUCGAGUUUCCGGAAUUCUAAUAUUAAUAACAAUAAUAGGUAACAUUAACGAUGUAUAAUAGUCACUAUCAUCUUUAUGAUAAUUAUCAUCAUCAACGCCUUCAUAAUAUUAUUAUUGUUGUUGUGUUGUAUGUACCUACCUAUACACGGUCACUCGCUAUCGUUUCGCGUAAGAAACGUGCGGCAGUGCCGAGAAGCCAGGAGCAGUCGCAACCGGACCGCAGUUGGCGUAGCUACCGACCGACCGACCAAUAAAUUAUAAUAUAUUAUAAUAAUAAUAUAGUUUGGUAUACCUAGGUAUAUCGUGGUAUAGUCUAGACGUGUGUGACGCGUGCAUAUCGUUGUUGGUUACCAAUAAAUGAUCAAACGUUUAGUUUUGGGAUUACGCGUUCGAUGCGAUUUAACGUCUCGAAUUCCAGUUAAAGUGUUGUGCCAUUAUUUUCGUCGACUUAAAUAUUAUUGUUAAUUGUUAUUACGUUUUAAAGUACAGCUGUAUCGCCACCGCUGAAAACCCAAGUGCUAGCGAUUCGUCUCCGCAACCAUAUAGAUCCUGACCGGAGCAAAGAAGAAAUUACAGGGCAUUACAACGAUUCUAACAGUGGUGCUUACAGAUCGACCGAAAGCGCGGGUGGAUCGUUUUGGACCUAAACUGGGACAGAAAUCCGAGUGAGAUGUUCAUGCGUAAAAUCUGCGCCACGAAAACGACUACAAAAACUCCGGUAGUUCAGUCCGGUGCCAAUUUGACAGCCUCAAUAUUGUCACAAUAAUAGUGUAAAAAUACAUCUAAGGAGGAGGGACGAAUUGUAAAUAAUAACACUCCUAUAGCCUAAAAAAAAUGCAGCCAUUAUCGAUCUGUGGAUUGUUGUCGUUUGCAUGGAUGCUGUUGGUUCGUUCGUCUUCGGCCGCCCCCCAUCCACCGUCGCCUUGUCCGGACAUAUUCACUUACGAAGGCUCGGAACCAGAGAACAACAGGUGGUAUGGCGAGAUAUCGCUGCGAACUGACGAGAGCCUUGUGGGAAUCCGACUGGACGUCGAACUAGACCGGCCUUCAGAUUUGAUGGUAUCUUGGAUGGGAGAGAUAACGACAAGUGACAAUGUGAAAUUCACAGUGUUGAACUUGAACCAAAAACUGAAGCCCGGGCCUCCGGUACUAUCUAGGAUCAUGGUCAAGUUCAACCGGUCGACGGGCAGUCCUAAAUUGCGGUUCAUCCGACUCAAUGGCCGUAAGAUCUGCCCUGAAGAUACCAGCUACAGUUCUGGGUACGAGGAGGAAUCCCGGCCAUCACAAAGGCCUCAGAGCACCAAGAGACCGGAUCCCGAGUUCGGCGUUGACGUGGACGAGUAUUCGGAAAGUAGCAAUAACAACCACGACAAGGAAAACCCGAACAGACCUUCAGGAUCGGACUAUUCGCCGCAGGACAGUCGUCCGAUUACCACGUCGACGGAAGGACAGUACACGACCCGGAAGACCAACAGGGGGCCGAUAACGACGACUACGACUACGACUUCGGCACCUCGAAAUCCCUAUGAACAGGGUAACAAUAACAGGCCAAACACGGUAACGUUGCAGGCCAGCAGCACCGACCCGAACAGCGACAUAAACGGGGUCAUUAACGGGCUGUUGCAGAACCAGAACAGCAGCAACAAAACCGUCAUCAUAACCGUUAUCGACAACCAAAAUAACCGGCCGAACGGCGGUUCGGGUAAUGGUGGGCGACCAACGACCACGGACGGAGGCAGUACGACGAGGCCGAAUAAUGUCAAUAACAGACCGUCCGGUCAGCAAACCGGCCAAAAGCCCAGCAGUAACAAUAACAACAAUCAACAGGUCAGCGGCGGCGGGAGCAGUGGAUCUUAUACCGGCUCAUCCGUCAACUCGCUCUCGUCCAAUUCCCCGUCGUGUGGCGAAGUCAAGAUGGUAGUGCCGCUGGUGACUUCUGGCCAAUCUACGAAAAGGGGACAAUGGCCCUGGCACGUGGCACUUUACCUGAUCGAAGGCAUAAACUUGAGCUAUCAUUGCGGUGGGUCACUGGUGUCCAAAAACAAAGUCAUCACGGCCGCUCACUGCGUGACACAGAAACUUAACGACGCAGUCCUCAACUCAACCAAAAUAGUCGUCUACCUCGGAAAAUACCAUCAGCUCCAGUACAGCGACGAGCUGGGAGUGCAGAUCAAACAGGUCAUCCGGAUAAAAGUGUACCCGUCUUACAACAGAAGCUCAUACUUCGGAGACAUAGCUAUAUUGACGUUGUCUUCGGACGCCGAAUUUACAAACUAUGUAACGCCGGUGUGUAUUUGGGAAGAGAGACCCGAUAAUUUGGAAGACAUCGUUGACAAAGAAGGGACAGUUGUCGGUUGGGGCUUCGACGAAAACAAUACUCCGACUGAAGAACUGAAAAUGGCCAAGAUGCCGGUCGUUUCACAACAAACCUGUCUCUGGAGCUAUCCACAAUUUUAUUCAGAAUUCACAUCCGAGAAAACGUUUUGCGCCGGAUUCAGAAACGGCACAAGCGUAUGCAACGGAGACAGUGGCGGCGGCAUGGUGUUUGCAAGGAAUCACAGGUGGUACUUGAGAGGUAUCGUGUCCCUGACGGUGGCCAAAGACGGGUUGCGGGUAUGUGACACUAGACACUACGUCGUGUUCACGGACGUGGCCAAGUACACAGAUUUCAUCACGAAGAACCUACAAUGACGGCGAUCAUCAUCAGAUCAAUGAUACAAUAAUUAAAUAUAUUAUGCAGUAAUUAAAUGUAUAAUACGAUCUGUACAUUAUUUAUAGCGUACCUAUACAUAAUAAGUGUUUCGCCGAUUCCUAUUAUACGCAGACGUCGCGUUUAUACUUUUAACAUUU